CUAAAUGCCGAUAUAGGACAAGUCUUGCUAAAAAUAAAUUCGCCCGGGGUAAACGUAUGCAUAUCCCACAUGAUGGAGCCUAUGUUGUCAGACCUAUUUGCACGCACAACCAUCAAAGGCAACGAUGCAGAGAGAAGAGACAAGGUCGAAUUAUUAAAGGUUUACGAACUCUAUGAACCACGGAUGUAACCGUGUCCCCAUGAUAUUGUGCACAGCCAUAUCGGAGACUAGCCUACAGCUGGACUUUAAUUUCCGCGUUGUCUUUUCACACUUUGACCGAGUUCACUCGGCUUUACAAUGGGUCAAAAUCAGCAAGCUCAGUCAACCAGCGAAGAAGAGUUGGAAGUAUCCACAAUUCAAGAACUCUACAAGACGUUCGUCGAUGAGUGCCCGAGCGGUUCGAUGCACUUGCACGAGUUCAAAAGGAUGUUUGGGGUUCAAAAUGAUGAAUCGCCGGAAUCGCAAUACAUGGAGGGCAUAUUCAGUGCGUUUGAUAUGAAUGAGGUAAGAUUUGGGAUACAAACAAGCAGACCUGGGUUAAUGACAUUUGCAUUUACUGUAAAAUAUUGAUUUGCAUACUGUAACAAAACAUUUUUUCGUGGUGUAGGCCUAAAGUUAUUAUGGACUCCCUGCCCCCUCCCCUCAAGUGUUUUCAACAUCCUAUUUAAUUCAUAAAUAUAGAUUUAUACAAUUUAGUACCAUACUAUUAUUAAUAUUGUUUUCUAGAAAAUGUGUUUCCCAGAAUGUGUCCACUUUCAACAUGUAGGCUGAGCUAUUUGUCUGUACAGUAUCAUGCAUCAUUUGUCCAUAUGCUUAAACAGCGUGAAGGUAGAUGGCCAUAACACCCCUCUUUCCAUAAAGUGGGCCAGUGUGUAAAGUCAAAUGGGUCGUUCCGCCUCAAAAAGAACCCAAAAUCUCAGAUUGUUCUGAAAUCGUUUCUGUUGUUAGAAACCGAUAAGAUUAGCAUUCCUGCAAUAUUAUUUUGUUGAAAUAUAAUUUGAUCUCUGAGAAAUUAAUCUAAUUGAUUGCACCCAAAUUUUUAAUUUACAUUUUUAGUUUUCAUAUAAUAUUCAAUAAAUAUAGUACCUAACAUCCAAAUUGGACCAUAAUUUUUCUAACAAUGACUUAGACAUGAGAAAUCCAAAGAAAUUGUCAAAAGCCACCCAUGGACCCCCCACGCCAAUCCCACCCCAACAACUAGUAUAUAGUAUCAGUUGUCUAUGUCUGACCAGUAGUAUGGAGCUGCAGCUCUGCGUGUUGUUUCUUCAUCCUAUGUAUUAUGUUCCCCAAAAAUGUUUUUUACCCCUGUUCAGAGAAAAUAUUCAUAUACGUUUUUUUCAUUUUUUUUUUUUUUUAGGGGGUAGAUCAGUUUUAAUAUUGCAGAUUGUAACUUCCAUCAAUGUAAUUGUUUGCAUCACUUCCAAUACCCCAUGUUUUUUUUUCUUCUCUGCAUAUAUAUAUAAUAUAUAAUUUUUAUAUAUAAUAUAUAUUAUGUUAUUAUAAUAAUAUUAUAUUAUUAUAUCCAUUAUAUAUAUUAUAUUAUAUUAUAUAUUAUAUUAUAUUAUAUAUAUAUAUAUAUAAUGGAAUGCAUUUCAAUUAAUAGGUGUGCCUUCUUAAAAGUUAAUUUGUGGAAUUUUAUUUUCUUCUUAAUGCAUUUGAGCCAAUCAGUUGUGUUGUGACAAGGUAGGGGGGUAUACAGAAGACAGCCCUAUUUGGUAAAAGACCAAGUCCGUAUUAUGGCAAGAACAGCUCAAAUAAGCAAAGAGAAACGACAGUCCAUCAUUAUUGUAAGACAUGAAGGUCAGUCAAUACGGAACAUUUCAAGAACUUUGAAGGUUUCUUCAAGUGCAGUCACAAAAACGAUCAAGCGCUAUGAUGAAACGGACUCUCAUGAGGACCGCCACAGGAAUGGAAGACCCAGAUUUACCUCUGCUGCAGAGGAUAAGUUCAUUAGAGUUACCAGCCUCAGAAAUUGCAGCCCAAAUAAAUGCUUCACAGAGUUCAAGUCACAGACACAUCUCAACAUCAACUGUUCAGAGGGGACUGUGUGAAUCAGGCCUUCAAGGUCGAUUGCUGCAAAGAAACCACUAUUAAAGGACACCAAUAAUAAGAAGAGACCUGCUUGGGCCAAGAAACACGAGCAAUGGACAUUAGACCGGUGGAAAUGUGUCCUUUUGGUCUGGAGUCCAAAUGUGAGAUUUUUGGUUCCAACUGCCAUGUCUUUGUGAGACGCGGUGUGGGUGAACAGAUGAUCUCUGCAUGUGUAAUUCCCACUUGAAGCAUGGAGGAGGAGGUGUUAUGGUCUGUGUCUGUGACUUAUUUAGAAUUCAAGGCACACUUAACCAGCAUGGCUACCACAGCAUUCUGCAGUGAUACGCCAUCCCAUCUGGUUUGGACUUAGUGCUUAGUGGGACUAUCAUUUGUUUUUCAACAGGACAAUGACCCAACACACCUCCAGGCUGUGUAAAUGAUGGAGUGCUGCAUCAGAUGAUCUGGCCUCCACAAUCCCCCGACCUCAACCCAAUUGAGAUGGUUUGGGAUGAGUCAGAUGGAAGAGUGAAGGAAAGCAGCCAACAAGUGCUCAGCAUAUGUGGGAACUCCUUCAAAACUGUUGGAAAAGCAUUCCAGGUGAAGCUGGUUGAGAGAAUGCCAAGAGUGUGCAAAGCUGUCAUCAAGGCAAAGGGUGGCUAUUUGAAGAAUCUCAAAAAUAAAAUAUAUGUUGAUUUGUUUAACAUUUAUUUGGUUACUACAUGAUUUCAUAUGUGUUAUAUCAUAGUUUUGAUGUCUUCACUAUUAUUCUACAAUGUAGAAAAUAGUACAAAUAAAGAAAAACUAGUAUACAUUUCUUACUUCGAGACCACAUAAGGAUUUUUAUUGAGGCUAUAGUUGAUCAUGAUCGUUUGACUGUCUCUAUUACAGGACAACACCAUGGAUUUCAUCGAAUAUGUUGCUGCGCUAAACCUUGUGCUUCGAGGACGACUCGAGGAUAAACUCAAGUGGUCUUUCAAGGUGUUUGACAACGAUGACAAUGGGCGACUGGAUAGGCGCGAGCUGAGAAUAAUUAUAAGGGUAAGGGUUGGGGCCGAAGUGCGACCUAUAGUAACAUUCUAAGCCAGUGUUUCUCAACAUGGGUCCUGGUAGGGACCUGUUCUACGGCACACUAAUUAGACACUAAGCCGUAUAUACUGUAUCUGCUUGGAUCAGGUAACCACUAAACUCAAAGCCUCUGAGAAUCAGCUAUUUAUCAAACAGAAAAACAACAACAAAGUUUAAUAAACACAUUUAUAUUGUAGAUACUGCACUUUGCCUUUGCAUUACCCAUAUAGUUGUUUAAGGUCAAACAAAGGCAGAGUGCAGUAUCUGCAUUUUAGGGGCCAUAGGCCAAAUCAGUGGUAAUGGUUGAUUUGCAUAAAAAUGACUUCAUAAUAAGAUGAUACUUCAUUGCAUUAUCACUUAUCUACCUACAACAUAUUUGGCUGGCUAACAAAAAUAUUUUAAAGCCAUUUGUCUUGGAUUCACUGUUGGCGUAGUUACAGUGUUUUGUAGGGCAGUAUUGGAAGUACUCUAGUUAGAAUAAUUCAAAUGAAUUGAACAUUUGGGCCAUUUAAUUCAGGCUUCUUAAUCGGAGCAAUUUAUUCGGUAAUUCAAAAGCUGCACGCACAGUGGCUGUUCAGGAUCGAAGUUGAGAAACCCUGCUCUUGGACUUGAAGGCUGCGGUCCGAUGCUCUACCCUUCUCCCGAAGUGUGCACUCGUAUACGCCCCCUUAUGGAUUUAAAAGCAUUGAAUUGGUGUAAUGAAUAUGGUAGGAACUUCCCCCAGCCGUCCUUGUACCAACCUAAUGCUUUUAAAUGCACACUUGUGGAAGAAGGGUAGGAAUUCUCUCAAACCCCAACUGCAUAUCUCAGAGAUAAUCAUUGACUUAUCUUUGAGGGACCAAUGUAUGGAGUGUUAAGAUAUUCUGCAAAACGUAACUGUAAAGUUGAUUUUAUGUAACAUUCCUCUGUUUGUGAUGUCUGUAGAUCAUCUACAAGAUAAAGCAAGGUUCUGUGACUGAUGAGGCAGGUCACACCCACCUUACACCUGAAGAGGUGUGUGACCGUAUUUUCCAGAAAGUUGACGAUAAUGGCGACGGUGAGCACCGGAGAACUUAUUUGUGAAUUUUGACUGCCUUUAGCUGUUACUGUAGCAUGUUUUCAUGGGCCCACUCAAAACACAUCACAUGGUCAGAAAUAAUGACAUAGCGAGACACUAUUAAAAAUGUGACCCAUGUAUGGCUGGAUCUACUCAACCGAUGGUGCAGGAAGUGGGAUGAAUUGUGACUUGUGAGAUCUGAAAAUAAUUGGUAGUGAGCUAUCCACUUGAACUAAUUGUUGAUGAUACAGUAUAAUGACAGAGUGGGGACACAUCAUGGAGAAUAACAAGGAUCUCCUUUUUAUCUUUGGUUCCAGGUCAGAUAACUCUGGAGGAGUUUGUGGAGGGGGCAAAGAGAGACCCCUGGGUGCAAAAACUCAUAAGCCUGGAUAUCAACCCCAGUUACUGGGUCCACCAGCGCUUGAGCGACAGAAAACUCCAGAGUCCAAAAUGAUGAACUAAAAUGUCAGACGGAGGAAGAGGACAUUGGGUCUCUCUAUAAAAGAGUAGCUGAACCAAAAAAACAACUUAUCUGGUUGAAAACGGCCUAGAGUCAUAAACAUCAACUCUAGUCC